UUCAAUGCUGGAAGAGGACAUUCGCCUUCCACAGUCUCUUAGGCCGCUCCACUACCUAAUACAGCUUCAGCCUUUCAUUAAUGGCAAUUUCAGCAUUGUCGGCUACAUGAAGAUGGAAGUCGAGGUCCUGGACACGACGUCAAAUAUUAUACUCCAUAUGCUUGACAUUAUCACAAAGAACGACACAGUUGUGAAAUCUGCAAUGUUGAAACGUAAAGAACAGCCUAUUUUUGUAUACUGUCCAUUAUUUUUCGUUCUGUUUCUCUUGUUGAAGGUACUGACUUCGGGAGACGUGGAACAGCGACAAGUUGGGAUUAAGAGUCAGCAUUAUGACCCUGUCCGUCAAUUCUAUGUCGCUCAAAUGGAGGAAGAGCUGAUGAAAGGGGAAAGGUACACUCUGCAAAUGGAGUUCCUUGGCUACCUCAGCGACCAACUUCGUGGCUUCUACAGGUCAUCCUAUAAAGAUAAUAACGGAGAAAUAAAGUAUCUGGCCGUGUCGAUGUUCCAGCCAACGGACGCUCGCCGCGCCUUCCCGUGCUUCGACGAGCCGGCCCUGAAGGCGACCUUCGAGGUCCACCUGGCGAGGGAGACCUGGAUGACGUCGCUCUCCAACAUGCCCCUCGCCGAGACGCGACCUGUUGAAGGUCAGAAUGGUUGGGUGUGGGACUGUUUCCAUAACAGUGUCCCAAUGUCCACCAGCAUCGUCGCCUUCGCCAUCUUGGAUUUUUCCCAUGUCUCGUCCACCACAGACAAAGGCACUCUCUUUCGAGUGUGGGCACAGCCGUCGGCCAUCCAAAAAGCAGAAUAUGCCAAGGAAGUUGGUCCACAGAUUUUGGCAUUCUACGAAAAUUAUUUCAAUGUGCCCUACUCACUUCCGAAAAUGGAUAUGAUAGCAGUUCCGGACUUCAGCGUAGUGGCCAUGGAAAACUGGGGCUUAAUUACUUUCAAAGACAGACUACUGCUGUACGAUCCGUCUACAAACACCAAGGGAAACCUCCUGGAACCCGUGGCUCAUGAAGUGUCUCACCAGUGGUUCGGCAACCUGGUGACGCCCAAGUGGUGGGACGACCUGUGGCUCAACGAGGGCUUCGCUACUUUCGCGGCCUAUCUCGGAACCUUUCAUGUGGAGCCCUCUGUGAAGAAGAGGGAGCCCUUCACCACCAACACACUCCAUCCAAUUUUAAUUACCGACAGCUUUGACUCCUCGCACCAAGUCAGAAUGGCUCAUGGCGAUGCCAUUGUGGAACUAUCUGAUGAUAUCAUCUAUCAAAAAGGGGCUUCUCUUGUUCGAAUGAUGCUACACUUCCUUAGCGAACCUACCUUCAGGAGUGGAAUCGAAAGCUACCUGAAAACCUUCUCGUACAGCAGCGCAGAACAGGACGACCUUUGGGAACACCUGACAGCCGCUGCUCACCGUGACCGAAAGCUUCCCGAGAACUUAACUGUGAAGACGAUCAUGGACACGUGGACGCUGCAGAAGGGCUUCCCCGUCGUCAAGGUAGCGAGGAGUUCGGAUGGUACCUCCGCCGACGUCUCUCAGGAACAUUUUUUGUUAAUGAAGAACGAAAAUCUCAGCCAGACCCAGGACUUACGAUGGUGGGUUCCUCUCAGCUACACGUCGCAAAGCGAGGCCAACUUCGACCAGACAGAGGCAAAGAGGUUGAUGGAAGACUCUGAAGAAAGAAUUACUAUCACGUCACUGCCCCCGAAGGACCAGUGGGUCAUCUUCAACCUGCAGCAGACGGGCUACUACAGAGUCAACUACGACGACCACAACUGGAACCUCCUCGUCCAGCAGCUGAAGGACGACCACGAGGUCAUCCACGUCGUCAACCGAGCGCAGAUCAUUGACGAUGCCAUGAAUCUUGCUAGAGCCGGUCAGCUGAGUUACACAAUGGCCUUGGAGGUAUACGCUUACCUGAAAAACGAAAAGGAAGACACACCGUACGCUGCUGCGAGAAACAGUUACGAUUAUUUGCGACUCAUGUUCUCGGGCACAGAAGCUGAGGCAGCUCUAGAGCAAUAUUAUUCGGCCUCAACCUUGCAAGACAUAACAUGGGCUUCUCAAAUUCCACCAUCCUUUCUCGAAGAAGCGCUGCGCCUCAUGCACCAGUGGAUGAAUAGCCCGGAAAAUAAAAAACCUUCAUUGCCGUUCUCAGGAGUAUCGCCUUAUUUUCCCUACUGCUCGUCUUUCGUUGUCUUUUUUUUUUCAAAAUAUUUUAAUGCACUUGUUCUCUGUUAUUUGCUUUAUUAUAACCCCGUUUCCCCUUCGUGCAGCAGCCUUUAUGGAAAGACCCCGUUUUCCCACAGCAUCUUCCCUCCGGACCUUCGCGAAGUGUUUAUUUGCGAGGCCGUCGGGGAGAGCGGAGAAGAGGAGUGGAACUUCGUCUGGAGCGAGUACAUGAAGUCCAAUGAUGCCCUUGACAAAGCCACUCUCCUCAACGCUUUAACUUGCACCAAAAAUAGCAACAUUUUGUCGAGAUUUUUGGAUAUGGCCAUUAGUCCUGACAGCGGGAUAAAGAUGGACGAUAUUGGGAGUAUCUUGCAAAGUGUCAACGCAAAUAGUGAAGGACAAUCAAUAGCAUGGAACUUCCUUAAAAAGCACUGGAAUCAUAUCUUCCCAUACAAGAAGCAGAAAAGGGGAGAACUGCUGUGGACGAUGACUGUCAGUUUUAAAACACAGGAUGCUCUCAGAGACCUGGAGGCCUUUUUGCAAGACAGCAACACUGAUCUGAAGGAAGUUACUGUAAGGGCGCGACAGGUGGUGGAGAGAACGAAGAUCAAUGUAAAAUGGAUGGAAACCAGCUUUCCCGAGAUUGUGCAGUUCCUGGAAAACCGUGGUUAUUCGACGAAAGGCAACGGUGCUUGAUUACGUGCCUUUUUUCAAAUUUGAUAGUUCAAAAUCCAUUUCAUUGGUUCAGAGUAACUUGCUGAACUGAUGUUAAAAUUAUAAAGUCAGAUUCAUUAUUUUCAGAUUAAGUAAUGGUAAGCAUUAAAACAAAUGCCAUGUCUAGUGUAAUGGAAUUCUUAAAAUGUCAAAAUUUGUAAAAUAAAUA